UUUAGGACACCAGUUCGUGCUGAUGAUUUACUAGCUGCAGCUUUCAAAGGAGUACUUGAUGAGACGAAGAUCUCCCCGGACAGACUGGGUGACAUUGUUGUUGGGAAUGUUCUUUUACCAGGUGGAGGGGCAAUCCAAGCCAGAUUUGCCCAGUUCUACAGUGGUAUUCCAGAGUCAGUACCGGUUAACACAGUCAAUAGACAAUGUUCGUCUGGUCUUCAAGCUUUUAUGAAUGCAGCAGGUGGGAUCAAGAGUGGUGUCUAUGAUGUCGCUUUGGCUGGAGGCGUCGAGUCGAUGACCCGAUCACAGAUGUACCAAGGUGAAGACCUCAAUCCCAGAGUCAUGCUUGAUCAGACCACCAAAGAUUGCCUAAUUCCCAUGGGCAUAACAUCUGAGAAUGUUGCUGAGAAAUUUGGUAUAUCAAGACAGGAACAGGACCAAAUGGCAUUAGACUCACAACUCAAAGCAGCAGCUGCACAGAAGAAUGGGUACUUUGACAGAGAGAUCAUUCCUUUAUCAACAAUAAUCCUUGACGAAGCAGGGCAAGAAAGGCCAAUUACAGUAACCAAAGAUGAUGGUGUCCGUGGUAACACGACUAUAGAAGGCCUAGCCAAACUCAAACCAGCGUUUUCCCCUGAAGGCACUACCACUGCAGGCAACUCAAGUCAAGUAAGUGACGGUGCAGCAGCGGUGUUGGUAGCCAGUCGACAGGCUGCGGAGUCUCUAAGCCUACCCGUUAUGGGUGUGUUAGUAUCCUAUGCUGUGGUAGGGGUUCCACCGUCCAUCAUGGGUAUUGGUCCUGCCUACGCUAUCCCAGAGGCAUUGAAGAAGGCUGGACUGACUAUUGAUGACAUUGAAAUCUUUGAGAUAAAUGAAGCUUUUGCAAGCCAGGCAACAUAUUGUGUACAGAAACUUGGUAUACCCAUGGAGAAGGUCAAUCCUAAUGGGGGCGCUAUAGCACUUGGUCAUCCGCUGGGCUGCACUGGGGCACGACAGAUUGGUACACUACUACAUGAGUUGGACCGCAGAGGAAACAGGGCCUAUGGUGUAGUCUCCAUGUGUAUUGGUACUGGAAUGGGUGCUGCUGCAGUAUUCUACUACCCAGGGAAAUAAAGACACAAUUCAAUCAAAACACACUCGAGUGCCAUGCCUCUACCUGCCUUCAAAGACCACUCUUCCUGGACAUGUUUCAUGAAGUGACUAGUCAGUGAGUUUCACGGACUGAGCCAAUCAGACGCAAGGAUUUCAGUAGCUUAUAACACAUGUCAGGGAAUCUGUUUGUUAUAAAUGCUUUAUGACAUCUCCACUUGCAUGGUCUACGUAUUUAGAAGAAUGGACAAUUUGUAUUAUUUUGUUUGUGAUGAAAUAUGAUUUAUAUGUACAUUAUGUGUCAUCAAUUUGGUAUUAACCAUGAAUGUAUAUAAAGCUGUAUGGGUAUUCUACAUGUAAAUGAAAAGGGGUAUUCUAAAUACAAAUUGAAAUGUUGAUGGUGUCUUCAAGAACUAUGUGUCAUGUUAUGCAGAUGCUUGAUGACAAUUAAGAAAAUUUGUUAAAAAUGAGGUAGCAGACAAAUCGUGAGUUGUGCAGUCGCCUUUACUCAAGCUCUACACUCAGAUAUAUAUAUUUUUUUUACUAUAUAAAUGCUACCAAAUAAUUACUUUAACGUUUAUAAACAGUUAUCACUGAAUUUCCUGUGUAAAUUUAGUCUAUGGAUGGAUGUUUGAUUAUGCCUAAAAGUAAUUCUUUUAAAAAUCUAUGUCUCCAGUUUUAUAAUCAUUGGUGCAAUAUACAGUACAUGUACCAUGAACCUUGCAUAUGAUGUGCCAACAUAAUGUGAGCCUGAGGUUCUCAGUUGACCACAUUUUUCAGCCAUAUUGGUGUUUGAUGAGACAUGUAGUGAGACCACUUUUUGAUUAUAUACAGUAUAACGAUACACAUUUUGUCGGCCUUGGCCUCAGCCCUAAUUACUUGUACAAAGUCUGUGGUCUGGAUGACAAGCCCAAACUCGCAUACUUGAAGAUAAUGUUGAUGAUAAUAUGACAAAAUGGUAUUACACUGUUAAGAAGUAAUGAUGAUAUUGACUGACAAAAUUUGAUUUAUAUGGA